UAAUAUUUGGGUUUGAAAAUAUGUUUCUUCUGUGAUAUAAGAUUUUGCUUCAUGAAACUUUAACAUGUCAAGAAACUGAUAUUAGCUUUGGUGGAUUAGAUAAGACUGCUCUUAGCGCAAGUCACUGGAACCUGGGAAUCUUUUCACAACAACCAAAACCUAAUCAAUUCAUAUCACUUCCCUCCUCUGAUCACUCACUGCAUCAACAAUGCCUAGAGAAAAGAUUCUGUUUGCUGGUGGUGGGACCACAAAGAGCUGGAAAGUACUCUUGGCGCUGAGAAUACUUGCAUUCAUUGCCACUUUAGCUGCAGCCAUUGUAAUGGGUUUGAACAAAGAGACAAAGACCUUGGUUGUGGCCACCAUCGGAACUGUUCCUAUCAAAGCCACACUAACCGCUAAGUUUCAGGACACACCUGCUUUCGUGUUCUUUGUUAUAGCUAAUGCCAUGGUGAGCUUCCACAACUUGUUGAUGAUAGCUCUUCAGAUUUUCAGCCGGAAACUGGAAUGCAAAGGUUUCCGUCUCCUUUCCGUAGCUAUUCUUGACAUGCUAAACGCAACUCUGGUAUCUGCGGCUGCAAACGCAGCGGUGUUCAUAGCGGAGCUAGGGAAGAACGGGAACAAGCACGCCAAGUGGAACAAAGUCUGCGACAGGUUCUCCAUUUACUGCGAUCACGGCAGAGGAGCACUCAUCGCCGCUUUCUCCGGAGUCAUUCUUAUGCUCCUCGUCUCCGCCGUCUCCAUUUCCCGCCUCUCAAUCUAUUCUAACAAAUCCUCCACCUCCACCGCCGCGGCUGUUGCUUCUCCGUAGUAACUCGCCACCGUCCGCUUAAACAUCGCGAUCAAAAGUACAACAAUAUGUAUGCAUACUUAUGUGUCCGUGUCUCACUUUGUAUGUUGUCUAGUCUCAAGUAACUAUCAUGUUGUCUUAUGCACUGCUCUGUUUUGUCACUUUCAUAUAGAGACGACUUUUCAUUUCUCUUUUUAUCACAUUCGAGUAUCAUUUGGUCGUUUAAAACAAAUAAACUCUAACAAAUUACAGUUUA